GCGACUUGCUCUCUAAUGCACAAGUGCGCGCACAGAGACUUGCUUUUUAGAAUAUAUAGGCCAGUACAUGAAUUCUCAUUAAUUAUUGUUGCGCGAGACAAGAGCAUACAGACAUACAAAAGUCUGCUGUGCCUUAGUGAGGAUCCUUAUAUGGACAUGAAUAGAGGAUGAGUGUUUCUGAAGUCAAAAACACUCAGGAUGAGUAUGAGGAUGACUUUGAGAAAGACCUGGACUGGCUUAUCAGUGAGGAGGGCAAGGGUGAAGAACAGGAUCCUGAUGAUGAUGACAUUGAAGUUCAGAUAGACAAAGAGCUUGAAGAAGAUGAUCUUAAAGAAGAUAGAAAGGAGGAAGCUCACAAAGAUAGGGAUUUGGAUGAUGAAGAAAGGGAGGAAAGGUGGCCAACACCCAUGGAGCCAUUAGAGGGUGCGUUAGAUCCGGACAGGGACAAUCUUGUAACCUUUCCAGAGUCUGAAGACCUCGAUGAAGAGAAGAAAUAUAUUUUGGGUAAGAUCCAGGAGGCUAACAGACAACUGCAUGACCAGGAAUCUCCAGUCCAAAGCCGUCUUAGACGUCUGCAGUUUAAAGACACUUUAGUGGACCUGGUGGUGCCUGCUCAGGAGUUUGACCAUCAGGAGAGUAACAGCUCCCUCUAUAGGGACUUGGAGGAGGAAGAGGGAGAAGUGUCUGGGCAGAUGCAGAGACUGAAUCUCUCUCCACGAGAUGAAAGUGAGACAGGAGACUUUGAGGAUGAGCACAGCGAGGGAGCAAAGGAGGGACGGGUUUUGGUUGAAAAAGAUGGAAAGUUUGACCUGGUAAGUCUAAAGGAGGUGGAGAGUCAAGGGUUGCUUCCUCCCUUGCCAGUGUCUCAUGUCGACAAUCAACGAGGAUCCUCAUGGCAAAGUGAUCCUGGCCUUUAUCUCAGCAAGAGUCCUGUCUCCUCACCAAGACUAAAUUCUACCACACAUUUUCCUCCUGGCAUUGACUCUUUGUAUAUUCCCAUACCUCCAUCGAAGCACAGGAAUAGGCCCAGUUCUGCAAGACCAUCCCAAAGAGGAACAUGGGUCCAGGGUACCAAACGCAGGGUUCAGUCGGCAAGUGGAACACCCACACAUGCCACAUUUACCCUCACACCACAGCAGAAAGAACUGUUGAUUAAACUUCAGCAGCGGAGAGAGAGGCACGCUAAAGAGGAAGAGCAGAAGAAAAAAGAGGUAGAGGAACAGAAGCGUCAGGAGAACGAAAUAGCCUUCCAAUCGUGGCUGAUGAGGAAGAGAGAGCAACUGCAGGACGAGAGGAGGGUGCAGAAAGCCCAGGAAAUGGAGAGAAUGAGCUUCCAGAGGGACUGUGGUGACCCAGAGGAGGCCUUUAAAAUUUGGCUCCUGAAGAAACAGGAACAGCAGCUGAAAGAGAAGCAGCUAGAGGAGAUGAAGAAACAGGAAAAGGAGAGUGGUUUUUGCCUGCACAGCCGAGAGGAGAGCGAAAAGGCUUUCAGACAGUGGUUGAGACGCAAGCGUGCAGAGAAAAGAGCAGAACAGCAGGCAGCACGAGAGCGCUCCCGCAGGCUGGUGUUGGAAGAGCGUAGAGCCAGACGCAUGCAUGACCUCCUCUGCACUGUCAAUGAGAUCAAACCCUUCCGAUUCAGUGACCCCUACAGCUACCGCUACUGAGCACCUUCCACUGUACAUGUGAUUAUUGUUAUAACCUCAGAGUUCAUCCAAUUCAAACAGUCACUGUGGUUACUGUUUAAAGAGUCACCUAUCAGUAUCUGUGGAUUGCUUUGUAUAGAACUUUUCAAAGUGAACCAGAGGAUGAAAGAAUAUGUGGUUGUCAGGAACACACAAAAAGAGCUAAAAGAGCUCCAAUCCUUUAUUAGUCUUCAAUUCAUCCCUUUUCAAUAUACAGAGAUGACACAGUUGCUCUGGUGGGCCUUCCUGUUUCAAAGAGCUUUCAGGCACUUAAAAUAAUUGCUUCAACGAGAUAAUUUAAUGGAGUUUAUGCUGAAUCAUCAGAUUCUCAAUUUUUGCUUAGCUAGCUACCCUAUAGAUUUGCCACGUAUCUGCUGCAGGCACCAUAAGUGUGUUAUACAACUACUGCAGGAAAUAUAAAAGUUCAGACAGCAAGAAUGGGAGCAAGGCUACAAAUCAGGAGUAUCUCUUGGGCUUUUUUACAACUUUCAGAGUUCAGUGAUCUCAGUGAAAAGUGCCACAGGCAUUUUGAAUGGUUAGUCCUGAUCUGUUAUGCAGCAUUCCUGUGUUUGAGCAUGUGUGUCAAGAUUUUUCUAUGCUGACACUGAUCGUAUGAUAGCCAAGUGCAAUGAGAAAUGAGAAAAGAGUGGAUUGUUUUGUUUCCCAUGCUUAUGGAAAUCAAGACAGUAAUCUAAAAUUUAAAUUGUGUUUUUGGACCUAAAAAUUCUACAGCCAUCUUCAAAAAAAAAAAAAAAAAAAAAAAAGAAAUCUAUUUAAAAUUAUUGUAAGAUGUCAAUUUUUACUGUUGAUAUAGCUGACAUGACAUUUCAAGCAGUGACAGCCGUAUCCUGAUUCUAUACUUAUAUAAAAAAUUGAUCGAGUGAAUACAUUGAAUAUUUGUACUUUUAACAAUUAAUUUGUCACACUACAGGGCUAUUUAAGUGAAAAAAGCUAAAGAAAAGGCGAUUAAAAAUGGCGACUUAAUCAAUCACAGCACCUAAAAUAUCCACUUUCCCCUACACAUUCAUAUCAAUAAUUUUUUAUUUUUUUUAUUUACACGCGGUGCAACAAACAGAACGCAGGUGUCUCAAGACACGUUUUAUUUUUUUACCUGACACGGCUUCUAAAAACGCUGUUCCUGCGUGAGACACUGAUAAAAUAUGGAACGCCAGUAGAUGCAGCACAACAGUCAAACGAAUAAACGAAUGUGUACAUAGAAACUAUUGAAAAACAGUGCAAAUGGAUGCAAAAACAUGUGUUUGAGUGGUCCUUUAACUGUCAAAUACUCAUUUGUGUAUCUGAUUGUAUAUUUUAAAAAAUUGUAAGAAUGUGUAUGAAAUUAAUUAUUACACAGAUUUCCGCACUUUCAACAUAUUUUACAAUACAUCGAGUCAGUUUUGACUUGUAGAAAUAAGAGAUUCUAAUGGUCUAAUGCGUAACGGUCAACUAGCGUGUUAGGACAGUAAAUCACCAUACAAAUGAAUGGGAAGAGCUGUAAACUGACACAUACCUGUCCCAAAAUUGUCUGUGUCUUUCUCUUUUAAAACAGUAAUUUUACACUGUAAAAUGUAAUACAUUGACUUUACUUAAAAAAAAAUUGAGGAAACCAAUUGCCUUAAAAAUAUUCCUAGUUCACUUUACUUGAGCCACAUAAGUACAUUUACAUGCUUUUUUAAGUAAGGUUAACUAAUUCGAUUUUACAGUGUAUCAUAGUAAACUCCACAUAUAGUUCAUGCUCAAAGGAUUGUUUAGUAUAAAACAUAUUGAAGAUAAGUGGACAGGAGGUCAAUUCAUUAAAGGUGCACUCAGUAACGUUUGUCUUUGUGUCAUCUUGGACUUACACUGACACCUAGCGGCUUGGAUGCAGCAUAAUUUAAAAUCAAUAGUUUUCAAUUUCAGAUGCCACUGUAGAAAUGUAGUACUCACAGUCAGCCAUGAUUACUUUAAUCAAUGAGUGAAAGUGACAAAUAACGGGACGGUUACUGAGAUUAAGCAAGUAGUAUUCGGCUAGU